GUUGUCGAUAAUUGUUUCGCGGUGCGGUCUAUACAUAUACACACUUGAGUUUUUCAUCACAAGUAUAGUCACUCAUCUCCUGUUGUACACGAAUAACGCGAAUAAACAAACCGCUGCUGGUUUGUUUAACCACAAAAACCUUAUAUAGUGAACUAAUUUUUUAACUGUUCGGCGGCUAAAAUUCGACGUGUUCGAAACUAUGGGUUUUCUAAACAUAAACAAAAAAUAUUUGCCCUUAAAGACGCAUUAUUUUCUUUUUGACGCCGGUGAGUUUUUCCUGCACUGACUUCACCAAAACUUUUUUCCGCACCGUGCAUUAAGUUAACAUUUUGUAUUAUUUUUAUGCCCUCCCCCCCACUCUGAUUUUCCAGGAAACUCUCCGAUCAUUCCGUUCUUGUCGACGAUAGCCAAACAGCGAGGGUACUCGCCUCUCAUUGUUGGUGACAUAUUCACGUUCCUGUUGCUGUUGAACGUGGUGGUCAAACCGUUGACCGGGUUCGUCACCGACAAAUACAAAUGUCGGAAGACGAUAUUUCUGGGCUCAUUACUGCUCAAUGCGUUCCUGACGGGCGGCAUGUAUCUGAUACCGGGGGCCACGUCGUUGACGGGCGAAAUCCCGGAUGGUGAAGUUCUCAAUACCGGGGUGUUUUGGCUGUUUGACAUGGUGAUCACACUCCGGAUGGUGCUGUUCAUGAUGGCAGAGGUGCUCCAGGAGACCAUCACCAUGACAAUCGUCGGUAAAGAAAAAAAAAAACUAUUCGUUUUGUUAUGAUUAUUAUAUGCCCAAAGUUCGUUUGAGAAAGAACAAAACUCACUUGUUUUCGCUAUUUCCCCCUAGACGGAGAUGUCGUAUUGUUUGGCGCGCAGCGGCUAUGGGGAGCCGUCGGCUGGGGUUUAACAUCACUCGUUGCGGGAACCAUGAUCGAUUGGUACAGUAGAACGAAAGAACACAAGGACUACCUGCCGGGAUAUUUGCUCUCGAUGACAUCACUUAUGUUGGAUUUCGCUGUUGCGUGCAGAUUAAAGGUAUACACACCUUACUAUAGAAGUGGGAAAUCUAUGGUAAUCGUAAUCGUAACCUUUCAAUAGUAAAAUAGAAGACGUUUCCAGAUAAAAGAUAAACGAAUAUCGAUUUUCGUCUAUAAUCGCUCGAAUACCCGGAUAAAUACAAAUUCAAAAAUGGCUCUUUUUUGUUGUUUCUAUAAACAAUAAUAUUAUUAUUUUUAUUUCAAGAGUACCGAACUGAAAUUUAUUUUUGGAAUUUCGGGUCUGAAUAUCGUGUAGAUGAUAAUAUUUUCUUUAUUAUACCUAUCGGUUUCGUUAAUCGUUGGCAACUAUAUAGGUACCCGAGAGCGAUGCACCAACCAGAAAUAUUUUUGGAGACGUAAAAAAGGUGAUGAACGCCAAGAUGGGCAUGUUUCUCGUGUGGGCGAUGGCCGGCGGCAUUUUCACGGCGUACAUUUGGUAUUAUUUCAUCUGGUGAGCAUAAUAUUGUAUUACAAUAAAAAAUACGCGUGUUUACCAGCAAAGACCGCACAAAACUGAUAACAAUAUAUCAUAAUAAUUAUUGUGCCGACUCACUUGAACGAGUAUGACGCCACGACCGAUAAACGACUCAUCCAGAUUGCGCCUACUUAUUGCUAUAAUCGCACACGUAAUACGAAUCGAAAAAAAAAUUUGAUUAAAAAAAUUAUAAACUUCGGACUUAAUGGGUUAAAUAAUAAAUAUUAUGGCCAUACGCUUUGAUCGAAUAUAAAGUGAUCGGCACCGAUCUAUUUAUUUAUUUACGUUCACUGUACAGAGCACGGUUUUGGAAGAAACGGUCCAAUGACUAUAGUUUUUAUUCGUUUUCCGGUUUUUGUGGCAGUUUUAGUUCAAAUUCCACUUAAAAUGGUUGCAGGCUAUACGUAUUUAAGGUUAUGACUUAAUAAUAUCAUUGAUUAUAAAUAUUAAUAUUUACUAAUAUUUAAAUACUAGUAAGUAUUUAUAAUCAAUGGUAAUACGAAUAAUAAAUUGAUAAACAAAAUCUCACCAGAAAUAUGAUUUAAAUUGAAAUCUGUAUGAUUACAAUAUAACAUCUAAUAAGUUAUAUCUUGCAGUGCGUAUAACGAAUAACAUUAUGAUUAAAUUUGUCUCAACAAGCAUUUUAUAGGCAGUCGGGUGAGUGUCGUCAGACCUUAUCUUCCGAAACCGUAAUACGGACCAUCAACAUCAUGAUAACAAUAAAAUAUACCUACUCAUAAAUAAAUACUUAACCGUGAGCUCUCCGAACUUAAAACCAAUCAAACAAUUAAUGUUAUUAAUGUUACUGAUAAUAUCUCUCGUGUCUGAAUACUGUUUACUCAAACAAGUAACACGUAUCGGUGAAUAGGCGGAUAAAUGUUCGCGUCAAAACCUUACGAAAGCCUAUACAAAUUACCAAAAGUUAAGGUUAUUAUUACUAUUAUCAACAAUAGAAACAAUAAAAAGAUUCAAUACUGAAUCACUGGAUCAUGCAUUUUUAAACAACAUCGUGUAAAACGUAACACAAAUUUGAUAUUAACAGGUAUGUCGAUGAUUUGGGAACGAUUUAUCAUCCAGAACGCAAGUCGAUUUUACAUUCGAUCCAAGGAUUUUCUCUCACGAUCGAAUGUUUGCUAGGAGAAGUUCCGUUUUUCUAUUUAUCAGGUGAGUUUCAGUUUCGUUAUACCGCAUUACCAAUACAGUCAAGUUGAAAUACACUGCUGCAAAAACUACAAUAUAAUAUAAUAUUUCUUAUAUUAUAAUUUAUUAUUUAUAAUGUAUAGGACACGUUAUCAAUAGGACGGGCCACAUGACCGCGUUUUCGAUAUCGUUUGCUAUGUACGCAUUGAGGUUUCUCCUAUACUCAGUCAUUCGAGACCCGUUAUGGGUACUGCCGGUGGAACUAAUGAACGGCAUCACGUUUGGGCUAAGCUAUAUGGCCGGUAUUUCAUAUUCCGCAAAAAUUGCCCCGAACGGCACUGAAGGCACUGUCCAAGGGUUAUUUUCUAUGGCGUUCCAUGGAUUCGGUCCGUAUCAUUAUACACAGGAUGUUUCACGAAGAUACACCAAUUGAAAUAUCUCCAGAGAUAAUAAAGAUAAUCAAAUUUUGUUUUGUUUUUUUUUUUAAUAUUACUCAUAGGGAUUACAAAAUAUUUAUAUUGCAAUUCAUUUUUUAUGGUUUGAUAAUAAAAAAUUAAAAAAAUAAUUUUUGAAAAAUUUGAAGAUAGCCAUUUUAUAAAGUUUAUUUUUCUGAAAAAAACAAUUUGAUUAUCUUUAUUAUCUCCGGAGAUAUUUCAACGAGUAUAUAUUCGUGGGAGACUGUAUUUUAUAAUGUUUUAUGUUUAUUGGAAAUAAUAUCGAAUCCAGUCCCACCAAAUCCAUUUUUGAGCUGCAGUAGUAGUAUUUCAACAAUGUUAGAUUAUAUGAACGGAUACGGUAUUUGAGAUUUAAUUGGUAGGUGAAAUAGGAAAAAAUAAGAUAUAUUACACACUGAUGGAAUAGAUCUGCAGUUUUAAAUCAACCGAAACAGGAAGAUCCUCUUGAACUGCGCCAUCUGAAGAUAUUGGUCCGUUGGUUAAAGGCGAAGAGAGAAAGGAAGACGAAGAAAAAUAAGGCAUUGAAACUGUAUCGAUCGUCAUAUCGAAUCCGUGGUCAUUGCGCACUAUUUAUAUUAAAAACCCCCUGUUUAAAGGCAAACGUCUUAAAGUGAUUUGGAACUUGAUUCGAUAUAAUCCAUAAUACUGUAUUAUUCGCAUGUAAGUAUUUUGCGUUGUAGAAACAUAUCGGAUUUUCUUUCUGUCCCACAGGCAGUUCACUGGGCUCGACGAUAGCCGGUUACACGUUUAGUUAUCUGGGCAGCGUGAUGGCGUUUAGGUUCAUCGGUUUAGUUGCCCUGGCUACGUGCAUCGUCCAAGUAACCGUCAAUCAUUUUAUGAAACGGAACUCGAUAACGACUAUAUAAGAACCACGUUUCAAUACAAUAUAGAAGCAAUAAGACAAUUAAUUUUGAAAAAUAUACAUUCUUAGGAAAUAUUGUAAAAUAGUACCUAAAUAAAAAUAAAUUGUUCGUACUCGUGUUAUUGCUCGGGUCACGGCGCGUGCCAAAGUCGCGUAAACCGGUUCACGUCUUGGCUACACCAUAUCGUUUUUUCCAAAAUGAUUGUGCAAAUCAUAAUCUGUGUGUUAUACCUAAUUAUUAAAAUUAUUAUUGUUGGUU